AUGUCUUCCCAGCUCUCCCAACUCUCUUUAAAGCAAAUACAUCACGAUACCCAAGUUACUAAUCAAUGCAAAUACCCUGGGAGAUCUCGCACUCGUCACCCUCUACCAAGCGAACCCGAAAAGGGGCAAAUCACUCUAUUAGACAGUCCCCCUCUUAUCGACGGACAACGUCGCCAUUGGGUUGAUGGAAUCAACGAACAAGCUCUUGUAAAAGCUUUCCAUCAUUUCCGAAAUCAAGAAGGUGAUUUCGAAACCGGUACUUUUACAUAUUCCUUUUACCCCCAACAGCUACAACAAGUCAUUCAGCGAUGGUAUCAGUUCAACAGGCGUAACACUAUUCAAAACGAUGAUUCUGAUGCUGGAAAUCCAUUAAAUGAAUCUAUUAAUAACCCUAGAAUUGAACGAUUUCUCCUCUCGAACAUUGCGAAUAUGGAUCAAACCCCUCUUGCUUUCGAAUUUGGAUCUACAGGACGGACUUACGAUCACAAAGGCAAUAAUACUGUAUUUUUGAAGGGGAGUAAAAGCGGGUGGGAAAAGCGUCAAGCUACUCUACAAAUCCUGGUUUCUGCAGACGGCAUUCCUCGAUGCAAACCUCUUAUUAUGUUCAGAGGGGUAGAGGGUUAUGGCAACAAGACACGACAGCGAGAGCUCAAGAAAUAUCACAAGGGGGUAGACAUCAUUUUCAACCCUAAGGGGUACUGCAACGCCAAGGAGCUUCUGAAAUGGUUCAAAACCCAGUACAAGUGGUCUACUAUGGAAUCUCCUGCUGAGAAUGAACCUCAUCUAUUGACUCUAGACUUUUUUGCCGCUCAUAAAGGACAAGGUUGCAAAAUCAAGGUAAAGGAAUCGGCCUCCGAACGUCAAAUUCGGGAAAAGAGCACUCUUGAUGUAAUACUUCUUCGACAAAUUCUGAAGGACUUCAAUGUAAUUACUUCUAUCAUUCCCAGGGGUACUACUGGUUAUGUACAAAUGUUCGAUAUUUCUGUCAAUAAGACUAUAAAAGAUUUAAUUCGAAAUCUUGAAGAGGAGCAUUAUAAUGAUAAUCUUGAACAAUAG